UCGACUCAUAUUGCCGCUUAGGACAGGGAUGAGCUAGCGUACUGCCAGUCACUCAUCCUGUCAAUCAGUUAGUAGGGGGAAAAACUCCUCAGAUAAACCGGUAACGCCAAAGACCAACAGUAGAACAAGAAGCCAGGUUCUGCCUUACAGCUUGUAGGCAAAGACUUUUUUUCACUCGAGGAAGUGAGUUAGUGAGUUUUCAGAGCAGACGGCGGUAGUCAGGCCACCUGUUCCCCCAGCAUCAGAGACCGGUAACAGAGAGAGUGAGAGAGACGACACAGAGAGAAGCGGCAAGCGGGGAGUAGCAUCACCACCACACACCCUCUACAAGCUUUUGGGACACUCCACACACCCCUCACGGAGAUUCUAAGCAUGCUGCUGCUGGAGGAGUCGGAGACCUUUGCAGACCAGCCUCAUACCGCUCCCUUCAGCUCGGGGAAUGAAGCACAGGGAGGGGACUCUGCGGGAUGGCAGUGCACCCCCCCAUCUACCUCAGCCUCGGGGGAGACGCCGUCCCACCCCUUAACACAGCCCCACUCUCGACCGUCCUCACGGCCUGAGAACCAAAUUCCCUCGCAGUCCCUGAGUGGAACCAAGAAGAGGUCCCACUCUAACAAACCUGCACACAUGAGGAGGAACAUCAGAAAGCUACUGAGGGAGCAGCAGUUGGAGGCGGUGACCAAAGCUGCCCAGCAGGAGGAGCUGGAGAGGCGGCAGAGGCUGGAACAGCAAAGGAAGGAAGGGCACGUCCCUGUGGUCCUGCUACCUGAGUACACACCAGGACAUCUGUCUCAGAGUGUGUCUGCCAGCGUGGCCAAAAAGGAUCGUGUGAUCUGCCUGGACACCAGUAACAGCAGCACUAACGUCAGAGGAGACGACUCCAAAGCUCUGGUCCCAGAAUCACACUCGCCCAAAGAAGACGUGAUCGAGCUGAGCUCCGGCGAGGACGAAGCCCUACAGGUCAGCAGCGAGUCCACCAAUGAGGAGGAGGAGCGGUCGGAGGAGCAGUCGGAGGAGGCCAGAGGCACCCACGUCAACGAUGCUGUGAACCAACCGGACGCCCUGGGGCGUGUCUUGGUCAACCUGAACCACCCUGCUGAUGAGGUAGACCUGUUCCUCUCCCCUCAACUGGCCCGUGCCGUCAAACCUCACCAGAUCGGUGGGGUCCGGUUCCUGUAUGAUAACCUGGUGGAGUCUCUGGAGAGGUCUAAGCGCAGCAGUGGCUUCGGCUGUAUCCUUGCCCACAGCAUGGGCCUGGGCAAGACCUUGCAGGUCAUCUCUUUUAUAGACAUCCUGCUUAAACACACGCAGGCCCACACCGUGCUCGCCAUCGUUCCCGUCAACACAUUACAGAACUGGCUGGCUGAGUUUAACCUCUGGGUCCCUUCCUCUGAGGCAUUACCCGCAGACAUCAACCCCGCACACUUCUCCCCGCGGAUCUUCAAGGUCCACAUCCUGAAUGACGAGCACAAAACCACGGCCAGCAGAGCGAAGGUGAUCUCUGACUGGUCGCUGGAUGGCGGCGUGCUCCUGAUGGGGUAUGAGAUGUACCGCCUGUUGUCCCUGAAGAAGAGCUUUGUGGCGGGCCGGAAGAAGAAGUCCAAGAAGCUCCAAGGACCAGUGGUCAUUGACCUGGACGAAGAGAAUCUACAGCAGGAGCUCCUCAAAGACAUAGAGAAGGCCCUGUCUCGCCCAGGCCCGGACGUGGUGAUCUGUGACGAGGGCCACCGCAUUAAGAACUGCCACGCCAGCACCUCACAGGCCCUGAAGAACAUCCGUACCCGGAGGCGUGUGGUCCUCACGGGAUACCCCCUCCAGAACAACCUGAUAGAGUACUGGUGCAUGGUGGACUUUGUCAGACCUGACUUCCUGGGCACCAGGCAGGAGUUCAGUAACAUGUUUGAGAGGCCCAUUCUGAACGGGCAGUGUGUGGACAGUACGCCUCAGGACGUCCGGUUGAUGAGAUACCGAAGUCAUGUCCUCCAUAGCCUGCUGGAGGGCUUCGUCCAGAGGCGUGGCCAUAACGUGCUGAGAGACCAGCUCCCCUCCAAGGACGAGCAUGUGAUCAUGGUGCGCCUGUCACCCCUGCAGAGGGCCCUCUACACAGAGUUUAUGAACCGCUUCAGAGAGGCAGGCAACAGCGGCUGGCUGGGCCUUAACCCACUCAGGGCCUUCUGCGUGUGCUGCAAGAUCUGGAACCACCCAGACGUGCUGUACGAGGCGCUGCAGAAGGAGAAUCUGGCCAAUGAGCAGGACCUGGACCUGGAUGACAUCACCAACGGCCACGCCCGCUGCCCAGCCCCCUACCAGAAGGGCAAGACCCCGGAGGACCCCAACAGCAUCGGAGGGCUGAGUCUCAACGCUCUGCAGGAGAAGGCCAACCAGGUCAUCACCUACGAAUGGGCGAAGGAGAUCAUGUCUGACUAUAAACCUGGGCUCCUGGAGAACUCUGCUAAGAUGGUCCUGCUGUUCCACCUGAUCGACGAGAGUGUGAGGAAGGGAGACAAGAUCCUGGUGUUCAGUCAGAGUUUGUCCACCCUGUCAGUCAUCGAGGAGUUCCUGGCCAAGAGGCCCAUACUGGCGGGCAGCGCCAGAGAGGGCUAUAAUCAAAACUGGGUCCGCAACCACAACUACUACAGACUGGAUGGGAGCACAUCUGCUUCAGAGAGAGAGAGGCUCAUCAACCAGUUCAACGACCCGUCCAACACCUCCGCCUUGAUCUUUCUGCUGUCCACCAGGGCUGGUUGUCUGGGGGUGAACCUGAUCGGGGCUAACCGUGUGGUGGUGUUCGAUGCCUCCUGGAACCCCUGUCACGACGCCCAGGCCGUAUGUCGGGUGUACCGCUACGGCCAGAAGAAACCCUGCCAUAUCUACCGCCUCGUCUGUGACUUCACCUUGGAGAAGAAGAUAUACGACCGACAGAUCUCCAAGCAGGGCAUGUCCGACCGAGUGGUGGAUGACCUGAACCCGGUGCUGUCGUUCACGCGAAGGGAGGUGGAGUCUCUGCUGCACUUCGUGGAAGAGGAGCCUGACGUGUCACAGGUGCAACUACAGCCCCACCAAGAGAUAGAGGCGGGAAUCAGACAUGCCUGCCAGCUCUACCCUCACCUUGUCACCAAGCAACCCUUUCACCACGAGUCUCUCCUGAUGGAGCGACAGGAGAUGAAACUCACCAAAGCGGAGAAGAAGGCCGCCAAGAAGAGCUACGAGGAUGAGAAGCGUGCAUCGGUGCCCUACACGCGCCCCUCUUAUGCCCACUAUUACCCCGCCAGCGACCAGAGCCUCACAAAUAUCCCUGCCUUCAGCCAGCGCAACUGGCGCCCACCCCCCCGACAAGAUGAGAAGCCGGUGGUCAGUGUUCGCCCAGUUCAGUCGACUCCAAUUCCCACAAUGCCUCGCCAGGCGUCUCACAGCUCUGCCCCCACAGCAGACACCGAGUCCAGCUCGGGCUUUCCCGUCAACUACCUGCAAAAGGCGGGCGUAUUCGUCCAGAAGAUCGUCACCACCACAGAUAUCGUGAUACCUGAAACCAACAGUUCAACUGAUGUUAAGGCCAGAAUCAGUGCAGGAGAGAGCAUCCACGUCAUCAGAGGAACGAAAGGGACCUACAUCAGGACUUGUGAUGGGAGGAUAUUUGCCAUCCGCACUGCAAGCAAGCCCAAGGCAGGGGAAGAGAACUCAGCUGCUGCACCCAAAGACACCCAGAAGGUAUCGGAGGAGGCCUCCGCCAACGGCUGCCCCGAAAUCCUGAGUGAACUCCAGAGGUACGAGGCUGCAACCAGAACCAAGGCCCAGGAUCAGCAGGACUCCAAGGCUUCGUCUGCAGGUGCAGCGGCUCCACAGGAGAAGGCGCCGGCAGAGAGCAACAAUGGCAGCAGCAUGACUAGCCAUGCCAAGCCCUGGAGCGAUGCCUCCGCCCCGGCCAAGCCCAGCACAGAUGCCAUUGCUGCCCUGGACCUGAGGGGCACCAAGCGCAAGGCCUCCACCACGUCCAACGUCGAAUGGGCCAUCAAAAAGCAGCCGGCCCCCAGCAAGCGCACCUCGGCCCAGUUGCCCCCCCAGGCUUUUCCCUUCGCGGCAGGCUAUGACCUCCCACCCAUGGGCCUCAACCCAGCAAUGCUGGGCUCCAUGGGGCACCCCAUAUUCAUGGGGGCCGGCUUGCCCUACUUCCAGUCCCACAGCCAGCAGGGUGACCACCGUCUCAUGUUCCCCAUGACUCCCGACCCCUUCGGCUUGGGGGGCGGCACCCUACCUAGAUCCUCCUCCACCAUCACCUCCUCGGCUGCCCCUGACCCAGCCUCCCUAGCUCCCUUCAUGCUGGGUGCUGGUAUGGCUGGCAUGCUGCCCCCAGGUUUCCCCAUGUCCUACGGCCAGUCUAUGUGCAUGUAUCCUAACUUGCUGCACCCCGGGGAGCUACCGGCCGCCACCCCAGGCCCCGCUGACUCCAGCUUCUUCUCCCACUUCCCCUCCUCUGGCCUGGCAGUGGCAGGGCUGGGUCGCUCUGAUGCCCACUGCCCGGCAGAGAACGCCGGUGGAAGCAGCUCAGACAGCAACAACGACGAUGAAGAUGAUGAUGAUGUCAUUGAGGUGAUGGGACAAUGAGAGCCUCCAACUGUAGGAAAGAGGCAUGUGGGUUGUAGGGGACAGUUAGUGGAGUUGCUGGGGCUAGGAAAGCUGAAAGGGAAGGGACAACCAAGCCCACCUCCUCCCCUAGACCUAUUCCCCAUCCUAAAUGCAACAUGCACACCUUUCAGAAAACGAGAAUCUGUGUUGGAAUAUAACAGACUGGACAAAGCACCAAAUCCUUAUGCUGAAUAUCUUAUUUAAACAUUUUUUUAAAAGGCAAAUCUGAACUUAUGUGAUGAAGAAAAAUGAACUUGGGGCUUCCAAAAUGUUGUCCUGUACUGGCUUUUGCAAAUCACUGAAGCAAGAGACUGCUGGGUUUGGACCUGCAAACCACUUCUUUGUCUUCUAUUAAAAAAAAAAUCCCAGCGGUUGAUGACAGACUAGGUUAAUAACUAACUGACAAUAGACUUGAAUUAAUAUGUCAAUUUUAUAUACGUAGUUGGUAGUAAUUAUUGUAUGGCGCAAAAUAUCAGUUACAUGAUAUUGUUCUUCAUUGUCAUUAUAUGCUACUGAAUAUUAUUUUAUAUAGUAGUCAUGCUCAAAACAUGUCACAACUGUUUUCAAAAUCGAUUUGAUUUACCCCUGAAUUUACUGCGUUUUGUUUUUCAGAAAAUGGACUACUUGAGACUCAAUUCAAAGAAACAAUUAGGCUCUUUGUUGGGUGAAAGAUUAAGUCAAAAACCUUAAACUCAAAGAAUGUACGCUUAUUUACGACUUUAAUGCAGACUUUGGGGACAGGCAUCACACUUGUGAAGAUCUGAUUUUGAUUUUUGAUAUGUCAUCUACAUUUUUCAAAUGUACACAUCGUCUACAGGCGACGAUGUGAAAACUGUGAUCUUGCUAAACUCCAACAGUCCGAAGGGAGCUGAAUUGAAAAUGCCUUGCCUCUGUCUCUCUGAAUGUUACCUAGUGGGAGUAGAGAAACAGCGAGAUGGGCAGUCCUAGGACCUGGAUCUCACCCAUAGUCUUACUGUAGCUUUGCUAAGUGAUGCAAAUAUAACCCAUGAACCCUCUGGUGGUCAUGUGGGUCACCUGUCUACUUCUCUGUCUGUUUCUGCAUUGUGUACCCAAGGGUUCUAGAGUAGAGAACUUCUGUCAUAAUGACUCGCUCUGCCUUGUGGAUAGCAUGAACACUCAUUUUCAGUUCCUUUUUCUCAUCUUUGGCGUAUGUGAUUUCAACAGAAGAACAAACAGGGUUCAAGAGAUCAUUGUCAAACCAAAAUCAUUUGAGAGGAGUCAAAAAUAGCUGUGCCAAAAAAAGUACAAAAAUGAUCCUCUCCAGAGAGGAUCAUUCUCUGGAGCAACCAAAUGUCACCGUCAACUGCUAUUGGCCUAGAGAAGAGGGUUUCUUUCCCUAAUUUGGUCACAGUUUUGUCAUUAUAGACUUAGUGAGCUCAUUGUAAAGAUGAUGCUGGCUUAAGACUUCACUGUGUAACAAAGUACCGGGACAUUGAUUUAGAGAGGGGGGGGGGUUCUGUGACCUGGUUCUGUUUAAUAAACAACAGAACUUUUCAUUUCUGUUACUGCUGACUGUUAUUACCCCCCUCAUUACAUACGUUGGCCGCCUACUGUCUUAUGCCGCAUUUACGUGCUAGUCGGAACGAGGAAGCUCGGAAAUGUCCAACUUGCUAACUGGUUGAACGCGGCAUGUGUAUAACUACAAUCAAUUAGCAAGUCGGGAAAUGUCUGACUUUCCAACUAGCAUGUGAACGCAGAAACUACCCAACACUUUGGGAAGAGGGAAGCCCAGCCCAUCACCUCCACCAAGUCCCUAGCCUUGAGUCUCUUCAGCAAGAGCUUUAAACUCCAGUUAUUGAGUUUAUUAUGAGACCCUUACAUAAUCAGAUUUGUUCAUCUUUUCAUACCAUACUUAAGGUGUUAAUUGACCUGUUAUUUCUAUUUUUUUAUGUACCACUCUUAUUUAUGACAGUGCAUAUUUAUUAAUUCCUUUUUUUGUUCUGUUUUUGUAAGGGAAAUGUUUUAUGUUCGUUUACUAGAACACGUUGAUUCUUGUUACAUGACUUGAGGUGGUCGAACCACUCAUUAGCAGAUAGAAAAUGUAAUCCAGUGCUUUUGUUUACAGGACCAACCAGUCAAGGUGGUCGAACCACUCAUUAGCAGAUAGAAAAUGUAAUCCAGUGCUUUUGUUUAGUUUUUAUUUAUGUUCAUAUCAUCCAGAUGUUCAUGUGAAUCUAUCUAUCCUCAUUGCAAAUGAAAGGUAGUUCUCUCAGUAUUCAUUCAUCUUAAGUUGUUGAACCAACUGUUUUUUUCCCAUAGAUUUCUACAUGAAUGUAAGUAUUUAUUUAUAAAUCAAUUCAGUCGGCGACCAACUGACUCUCUUAAUUCCAUUUAUUAAAGUCAAGCUGCUGUCUUGAGGAGAAUGGCUGGAAGAGCCUGUAUGUAGUUAGUGAAUGGACAUGUAACAAUGGAUGGCUUUUAGAUAAAGAAAAUUUUGUUUCUAAAUAAAAUAAAAUCAUGUUUUGAAUGGAAUUUAAAUUUCAUUUACUUUGAUAAGUUACUCUAAUGACACAGAUUCUCAAGAUCUAGUUGAACAUAAGUAACUCUUUCACUAAACUGAUGUCCUUUUCAACUUGGUUGGGGGGGAAUAGACACUGUGUCGGAAACUGAGCAUAUAGUCUAGAGACGUCCAUCAGAUGACAUUACCUAAAAUCAGAUGAAGAGGGCAAGAUUGAGUAUAGCUCACUCAAUCUCCUGUCCUAGUCGACAAUCCAUAGCAACAGGUUCAAACAAAACUGAUAUUGUUACACAGAGACUGGUGUACUGUUCUGUAUUUAGAAUGAAUUCAUAGUUUUCUAUUACAUGCUUUUAGUGUUUGUAUUAGCUUUGGUGACAUGAGCUGUCUGCAAGCCGAUGAUUGCAUGUUUUGACUACGAAACUGAAAUGAUUUACAUAGACUUUACCAAUCAAAUAUUUAAGUAACUGUCCAGUGUUUCCAGAUUUCUGACAUAUUUAUUUUUAACCUUUAUGAAAAUAAGAAUUUGUUCUUAAUUAAAAUGUUGGCCUAGGGACAGUGGGUUAAAUGCCUUGUUCAGGGGCAGAACAACAGAUUUUUACUUUGUCAGCUCGGGGAUUUGAUUUGGCAACCUUUUGGUUACUAGUCCAACGCUCUAACCACUAGGCUACCUGCCACCCCCAUAUAUGACCUAUAUAGUUCAUUCAUAUCACAUAGAAAUGACUUAUAAUUAACUACCAUAUUACUUAAUUACAAUUUUUUGGAAGGAUAAUUUAAGUAUGUUAAAAUCAGCUUUUCUAUGUUGGAAUGGUGUGGGCAUUCAUCCUACAACAGAAUGGUGUGGGCGUAUUCCGGUAACAUGGUGUGGGCAAGUAGACUGCUGAUUGGCCAGCUCAUCCUCUAUGAGGAAAUGUUUGUUUGUGAUACAAGUUUGAGGUGGUGUUUUAAGUGUUUUUUCGGCCACUGUAUGAGUUAACAGAAUAUUAACUUUUAAAUGGGAGAUUUUCACUGGACAGUUGCUUUAAUUACUUACAAGCCUUAGAUUUCAUCAUUAGCUAUGCAAGCAGAGUCUGUUAAAUUGUAUUUAAAAACAAGUGCUUUUAUCUUCUCAUUAUGAUAAUACUUAUUUGAAAAAUAAAUAAGAAUUUAAAUGGACCCAACAUACAGUAUCUUAACAUGUAAAAGGAAUUCCAUGAUGUCUGCUUAUUCCAUGAAACUUGGCCAUAGUGGACUGGAUUUCCCUUGACUUGUUUACCGCUCUUUGGUGUUGUAGCUCUGUGUUGCCCUCUGAUCUAUACUGUCAUGUUUUAACGCCUUGGGGAAUGGUAGGUGCAGGCAGAGAUCUGCGAAUAUCUAUGAUACACUGCCCUGGUUCUUUGGCUGAGUUUGGGUCUUCUUACAUGUCCUAGUAGCUUGGAUAUUCAUGUUUAAAUGUUUGAAGGCUUUCAGCGUUUGAGUUGCCUGCCCUUGGCCUUUACAUAAGUCAAGCAUUCACAUGUAUUUGGUUCAGUCAAAUUGUCCCCCUCGCCAUCAUUGCAUACUCAUGAUUUAACCUCACUGUACCAGUGGUUUGUCUUUGAAUCUGUAGAAGCAGAGCUGUUUUUCUGAGAGAAUUUGAUCAAUAUGCAAAAAGGUGACAAUGACAUUUGAAACACACAUCAGAGCAGUACAGUUGUGUCCAGCGUGUGGCUGGUACUCUUUUUCUCCAUAAGCACAAUUCCACCGAGGCAUCCCAGAUCCUUGCAUGUCUCAUCUGGGUCUUUUAGUCUCAUGUUUUCAGCACUGUGAGUGGACAAGGUCAUUUUAAUAGUGUUUAUUUUUCACAUGAUUGUGUUGUUUAAGGGUGUGUACACUUGGAUGGAUGUCUUCACAGAGGACAGUUUCCAGUUUGUUUCUUGUUUUAUUAGUCGUAUGGGACACGUAUACUUUGUCCACAAAAUGCUUACUUGCAUACUCACCAUUGUUCUUAGCUAGUCAAAGGUCACUCACUUGGGCUUCUGUGGUAGCCAACCAUUACCCACUUUGCAUUUUCUGCCAGUGAGCUAUUAACGUUAUCUAAGUUUGAUUUCCAAUGGUGGAAAAAGUACCCAAUGGUUAUACUUGAGUAAAAGUAAUAGAAAGUUACUCAAGUAAAAGUUAGUCACCCAGUAAAAUACUACUUGAUUAAAAAUCUAAAAGUAUUUGUUUUUAAAUAUACUUAAGUAUCAAAAGUAAAUGUAAUUGCUCAAAUAUACUUAAGUAUUAAAAGUAGUGAAAAUAUAUAUAUAUUUUUGAGAUAGCCAGGGGCACACUCAGACAUUAUUUACAAAUUAUGCACGUCUGUUUAGUGAGUCCGCCAGACCAGAGGCAGUAGGGAUGACCGUGUGUUCUCUUGAUAAGUGUGUGAAUUUCACAAUUUUCCUGUCCUGCUAAGAGUUAAAAAUUAAAUAAGUACUUUUGGUUGUCAUGGAAAAUAUAUUAAAUAAAAAGUACAAUACUUUCUUUAGGAAUGUAGUGAAGUAAAAGUAGUCAGAAUAUAAAUAGUAAAGUACAGAUACGCCUAAAAACUACUUAAGUAGUACUUUACAGUAUUUUUACUCAAGUACUUUACAUCACUGUUGAUUUCAGAUCAGAUUUUGCCAGUGCUCCGUCUGUGGUGUUUGAUUCUUGUAGCAUUCUGAUGUCAGGGUUUUGUCUUUUUUUAAGUCUUGAGAAAUGUGAAUUAUUUUUUAUUGUGGAAAUUAAUAACUGAAUAAAAUUCAUGUGUUUGUGGUUA